GAAAUGCCCAUAAUAACAUGUAGAUUGAAGUGCAAUUAGAUAUUAAAUAGAGCAUGUGUUUUAAAAAUUGUAUAGUCUGUAUUAAAGUAGCAUCUGUGGCUCUAAGGGCAGACCCCUCAGUUGCCACAUAAUAAUUUAUUUUAGUGUUAUCACUUGUAACUACUUACUGUACAUAUCAGGUAUUUCAUUGACACAAUGUGUUGUCUACACACACCAAAUUUACACUUGACAUGGUGGCCAAUGUGGACUGUAAUUGUAAAUGCCUUUACGGUCACUGCCAUUAGCCAUUGCGCCAAGUGUCAACUUGGAUUGCACAGAUAACACCCACAUUUUGGAAAUUAUCUCUGAAUACUUGCUUUUCAGAGACCACAAGAAGAAGUAAAUUUAUAAAGAACCAUUCAGGUCAUGCAACCUCUACUAUGAAUGCUUUCGAGGGAGAUUUGCAUGGAGCAGGAGCAGUAGCUUUACAGAAAACACACACACACACACACACACACACACACACACACACACACACACACACACACACACACACAGAGGUUGCAUGGGGAGAAGAUCUGUGUUAUUGAAAAUGAUUAAAAUAACCCCAGCACCCAGAUUCAAGAUACAAUUAAAAAUAAAGAAAUGGCUCAAAAACCUACCAGCCAAUGUUGCACAAACCUAAACCAACAAAAAGAUUAUUAUCGUGAAGAAUGCCCAGAGGAGACUACCACUCUGGAAAGUGCAGCUGCGCUCAGAAGGUUGAGUGGUGGUGGUAAUGUGGCAGAGGGCCCAAUGGAAAACACUGCUGACUGUGCAUGGGACUCGACCUGCUGCUCUCUGGCAGGCGAUGGAUGGCGGCUGCCGAUGUGGUGCUAAGUCCCAGGGAGGAAAUUUUAAGUGCUGAUAGCCGCAAGUGUGGACUAUAGGUUCCCGUGAGGAACUUAGUGCUGGUGGCAGUUGCAGCAUGGUCCGAAACCUGUGGCUGCUGCUGGCGAUGUGCAGUCGUCUUGCUGUCCAGCAUUGCCUUGGCGUCGUAAUGGUGCUGCUGGACUCUGGCGACAAGAAUGCUUAUGCCUAAAAAUUAAGGCAUAUUUAUAUAGUCCUGAGGCACACAUUUGUUGCACUAAAACCUCACACCUAGUCACAUCACUCACAAGAAGAGAUUCUCUGUGGUGUGAUGACAUCAACCUGUCCCUAUGGUCUUUACAGCUGUGCAGUGCAGUUUUCCACUGAGCACAACUAGUCUCAUCUCACAAUCCUUUACUUGUAUGUUAUUCUGAUUCUAUUGCAGCUGUUGAUCUGUGAGUGCUAAGGCAGUACUUUACAAAUUUGCUCAGUGUUCCCAGUAUGCUCUCGCAAAACAGCUUCUAAACUGCAUCAUAGAUAUGGAAAGUUUAUAGGAAAAUAAAGAGGCAAACUGGUUUUCAUACCACAAAUUCAACUCAUUCAGCUAACUUACCAUUCAGAUUUAAAAGGCAUAAGAUGAGGGCAGUUGGAAUUUUGACAAAUUGUUUUUUCCGCACAGACAACUUGGCGUACCAUGUUUGCAGGUUCGACAAUCGCAAGUGUCUUUCCACCCAAAAAUAUAACAGUUAGAUGCUAUACAAAUGAGGGCAGUUGGAAUUUAGACAAAUUGUGUUUUCCGCACAGAACCACUGUGUGUACCAUGUUUGCAGGUUCGACAAUCCCAAGUGUCUUUGCACCCAAAAGUAAAACAGUUAGAUGCUGUAGAAGUAAGAUUAUUGCACAAUGUUUCCAAUUCAGAAAACAAAAGGAAAAGAAACCAAACAAAGCAAAGACUUUCAUAUCAUCCUGAGACCUGAUGUCCAUUAUAAUGGACAUCGAGUUUCCUGUCCUGCUGUCAAAGAUUCUGCAUUUUCUGUUGUAAUACCUGUGGCACAUUUGAAUGGACUGUAUGCUGUAGCCAUCUGGUGGGAGAAACAGUCACUAUGAUUACUUGGCACCAAGUAGCAGCUUUGUUCACGAUGUGUUACAAUGGCAGGUGAGUUCUCCAUCAUUAUUGUGUAUUUUUCGAAAUUUAUUUUAUGAAAAAAAGGACCUAUUGUAGACAGUAUCUAUAAGUGGUGCUUAUACAACCUUUCUGUGCAAUAAGGUUUGGUAGUACUGUGUAUUUCCAUAAAUAAUCUUUGCAAAACAGUAAUGUCCACUGUAGUGGACGCUGGGACUUGAAGUCACAUUUCUGAGCACUAUUUCGUAGGCAUUAGUGGUGAUUACCUUCGCUAAUUUCCAAUACGUUUCAUGUUGUGACUGCUGCUCAGUGACAUUAUCUGAUACACAACUAUAAUUAUUUUCUGUAAAGAAAGUAGGCACUAUGUUAAAACAAUCAUUUUCUUAAAGGAUACAGAUCAAAGCUAAGUUCAGAAGAAAUUUUAGAACUUCUUUUGAAUGGAGACAUGUCAGAUCUUGAGAUUAGUGAGGAGGAGGAUGGUGAUUUUGAUCUGGCAGAUGAUGCUGUGCAGCAACGCAAUCUUCCUUCCCCAAAUGAACAUAGUAGCAGCAGUACUGAUAAUUCUGAUGAUGCCGAGAGUUCUUCACAGAAUUGCAGGAUGUUUUGGGAGAAAUGCGAAAGGUUUGAGGGACUCCAGGCUACCUUCUCACCCACGGAAGUUGCAGAACAUAAUGAGAAGCAGAUCAUGGACUACUUUCAGCAAUACUUUGACUUGGCCUUUUUUUAGGAUACGUCUGAACUUAACAAUAUGAGAUAUUUACAGCAGACUGGAAGGUCUUUAAAGCUGUCUGCCAAGGAAUUGCAGGUAUUUAUUGGAGCAACAAUACUAAUGCCUUGUUUGAGGUACCCUAGAGUUAGGAUGUACUGGGGUAAAACAACAAGAGUUAUUAGCAUUACUGAAAUCAUGACUCGAGACCGAUUCUUCACCAUUAGAAGUAAUUUGAAGGUGACAGAUGAUAAUGCUGUAACAGAGGAAACUAGAAGGAAAGAUAAGUUGUGGAAAAUAAGGCCACUUUUAGAAUGUGUAAAGAGAGCAUGCCUCAGUUUACCUCGAACUCCUGAAGUGGCAGUGGAUGAACAAAUGAUCCCAUUUACUGGAGCUUGUGCAAUAAAAAAAUUUGUCAGGGGAAAGCCAAAUCCUGAAGGGCUUAAAAAUUUUGUGUUGGCUGCUCCUUCAGGACUAGUCCUUGACUUUGAGAUUUAUCAUGGUAAAGGAACAUUCCCAGAAGCUAUUGGUCAACAAUUAAAACAAGGAAUAGGAGCCUUGGCAGUCCUCAGGCUUUGCCAGAGUCUUCCAGAAGGAACACAGGUGUUCUUUGAUAGAUAUUUUACCUCUGUUCCUUUACUGGAAUCAUUGGCUGAAAAAAACUUGCCUGCCACUGGAACAGUCAUGAAGUCAAGAAUACCCAGAGCAGUCCAUCUGACAGCAGACAAGAUUCUUGCAAAUCAAGGAUGUGGGUCUGUUGACCAGACAGUGAGAAAAGACAAACACAUUUCUAUUGUAAAAUGGUAUGUCCAAAAGCCAGUCAUAACUACAUCGACGAAGGUUGGGAAGAACCCUAUGGAUCAAUGUAAAAGGUGGUCGAAAAAAGAUCGGAGAUACAUUCAGGUUCCCUGUCCAGCAGUAAUCAGCUGCUACAAUAAAAAUACGGGUGGCGUAGACCUGACUGACAGAAUGAUGAGUUUUUACAGGAUCUGCACCAGAACCAGAAAGUGGACUGUAAAAACUAUUUUUCAUUUCAUAGAUCUGGGAAUUGCAAAUAGCUGGAUUCAGUACAGAUGUGACCGAAUUAAGAACGAUGAGCCAAAGAAGAAUAUGCUGCAGUACCUUGAUUUCAAAAUUAGAAUUGCUGAGCAGUUGUUAAGGGGCCAAGAGGAACAACAUUCUGAUGAAGAUGAUGAGGAGUCAACUCCUAAAAGGCGAAGAUUAUUGCCGCCACAAUCACCUUCACCUUCUGUAACCCUUUUGCCAGGAAUGACUGGGUUGAAAAAUAGCACGAGGUGUAAGAACAGUGGCUGCACGAAGAAAACCAAAAUAAAGUGCAAAGGUUGUUCAGUUUUCCUCCGUCUAUCAUCACAGAAAAACUGUUUCUCUGAGUAUCAUCAGAAAUAAAACUGUCAAAAUUUGUCAUUUAUUUUACUUUUUAAAUUUAUAUUUAUUAUUUUAAAUUAAUAAUCAGUGAAUGAUUCAAGUAAUAUCUGCCUAAUAAGACUGUAUUUUGUUCAAUAAACUACCAAUAAAGUACUUUUUUUUACAUUUUCAA